AAAGUGGUAAACAUUGAAACCAACGUCAACCAACCAACAUCACCAACGUAACGAUGCUUGCCCUCAUUGCCGAUGCUCUUGAUGAGCUAAAAGAUGCUUUCGUCCCAACUUUAGCCAAAGCUGAAAAUGAUGAAGAGGAGGAAGAAGAAGAAGAAGACGAAGAUGAAGAUGAAGAUGACGAAGAUGAAGAAGAAGGUGGUGAUCCAUUAGAUGUUAUCAGAUCUUCUUGUGAAGAAACCCCAGCUUGUGUUCCUCAUGUUCACCAUUACGCUGAAUGUGUUGAAAGAGUCACCAAAGAACAAGAAGAAGAAGGUUAUGAAGAUAAAGACUACAAAGAAGAUUGUGUUGAAGAAUUCUUCCAUCUACAGCAUUGUGUUAAUGACUGUACCGCUCCAAGAUUAUUCUACAAAUUAAAAUAGAUCACUUUUAGUUUCGAAGUAUUAGGGGGAUCAGUUUCAACAGUUGUUUAUCAUUAUUUUUAUCACUAGAUUUAUCUAUUACACAUUCCAAGUUUCAAUUAUUUAUCACAAAACUAUAUUCAGAAAAUCCAAAAAAUACACUUAAUGUAUAUAAUAUUCAUACCUUG